AGAAACGAAUUACUACAUAAUCAAACAUGCUGAACAAAAUACCGAGUCUCCUUUAUAUUUUGAGUAUCAAUGUCAUGAUCAUUUCGUUACAUGGGCACUCAAAUUAUGGCAGCUUUAAUAACAAUGAUAAUGACGAAUCAAAACUAACAAAAUUACGAGAAUCAGCUAUUGAUAUAAAGAAACAGAAAAACUAUUUAAAGCACGACCAAAAUUGUUUAAAUCAAGACAUAAUAGAUACAACGCCUCAAUUUGGAGACACAUUUGAUUUUGUAAUAAUUGGUGCCGGCACGGCCGGUGCUACAAUAGCAGCGAGACUGAGCGAAACUACGAAAAACAAAAUAUUGCUGAUUGAAGCCGGAUCUCAUGAAAACUUUUACAUGGACAUUCCCAUAGUCUCUGCUUUUCUACCUUUGAACAAUAAUAUCAAUUGGAAUUACGAAUCUAAACCGUCCAACAGAUACUGUCGUGGCACGAAAGGUAAUAAAUGCCUUUGGCCAAGGGGAAAAGUAGUCGGUGGCAGCAGUGCUAUAAACGGUAUGGUAGCUACUAGAGGAGGAGCCGAAGAUUACGAUCGUUGGGCAGACAUGGGCAAUAAAGGCUGGGCUUACAAGGACGUUCUUAAAUAUUUUAAAAAAUUGGAAACAAUGAAUAUCUCGGAGCUGAAGUCGGAUACUACUUAUCAUGGUACUGACGGACCACUACAUAUCACUUUUCCGUCAUUUCAAACACCAUUAGCAAAGGCCUUUUUAAAAGCUGGUAAGGAACUGGGAUACCCGUUAGUAGAUUAUAAUGGAAAAAACAUGAUAGGAUUCUCAUAUCCGCAAAUGACAAUUAUGAACGGCACUCGCAUGAGCAGCAAUAGGGCAUAUUUGCAUCCUAUACGCAAUCGUAAAAAUCUUUAUAUGACUCUUCGGAGCAUGGUGACUAAAAUUUUAAUAGAUUCUAGCACAAAGCGCGCAGUCGGUGUACAAUUUACCAAAGAUGGUCAAAAUAUCUCCGUGUCAGCGAGAAAAGAAGUGAUUCUGUGCGCGGGUGCUGUCGGAUCACCACAAUUGUUGAUGCUUUCUGGUAUCGGACCAGAGAAACAUCUUAAUGAACUAGGCAUCAAAGUUGUCAAAAAUGCGCCAGUCGGCGAGAAUCUCAUGGACCAUCCAGCCUAUUUGGCUGUAUUGUUUUUGACAAAAAAUGAAUCGGGUUUAACACCAUACGAAAUUUUCAAUCCUAUUAAUCCGUACAUGGCGGAAUUUUUAACAAAUCGAACAGGACCAUGGACGAGUCCGGGACAUAUCGAGACCCUCGCUUUUGUCAAUACAAAACAACCACAUAAACACAUCGGUCUACCGGACAUAGAAUUUAU